AUGAGGACCAUCAUUUUCGUGUUGAUUGUGUCCCUUGUAGGCAGUCAGAAGCUGAAAUAUGAACCCAGCUUCUCUGAAGGCCUGAUGCAGGUUUACAAGUAUGAGGGGGUUAUUCUGUCUGGACUUCCAGAAAGUGGUCUGAGCAGAGCUGGUGUGAAAAUAAACUGUGGACUGUCCAUUAUACCACAGGGCCGUGCCACCUACCUCCUUAAGGUCACAGAUUUUCAGAUUCUGGAAUACAAUGGCAUUUGGCCCUCUGACCCCUUCACCUCCGCACACAAACUGACACAGAGACUCGCUGCUGAGCUGACCAAGCCUGUGAAGUUCGAGUACAGCAAUGGGCAGGUCGGUAACAUCUUCGCCCCGGCCAACCUUCCUGAAGACAUCCUGAACAUCCACAGAGGGAUCCUCAACAUCUUCCAGAUCACCAUCAAGAAGUCACAGAACUUCUAUGAGUUGCAGGAGGCUGGAAUUGAAGGAGUUUGUCUCACAAAUUACAUCAUUCAGGAAAACAAGAAAGCCAACCGGAUCACCAUCACUAAAUCAAAAGACCUGAACAAAUGUCAGGAGAAGGUUAUGCUGUUCACCGGUGCGGCCUAUGCAAGCUGCUGCCCUGCUUUUCAAGAGAGAGGCAGGAACGUCCGUGCAUCCGCAACUUUCACCCAGAUCCUGAAACCGACAGCUUCUGGAGCCAUCCUUCAGGAAGCCCGAGUCCGUGAGGUGCAUCUGUUUACACCUUUCCACGAACUGGAUGGGACGGCUAUAACUGAGGCAAGACAAAACCUUGUGCUGGUUGAUAUAAAAAUGGCUGUCAUUAGUCUGCCACGGGUUCAGUUUGUAGAACGAGGAACACUGAAGUAUCGUUACAGUGAGGGCGUGCUGCAGAAACCUUUACAAUUAACCCAUCCACAAAAUCUCGAAAAAGCGAUACUGGAAACGCUGAAGAACCUGGAAGCCCACUCAGUUCCAAAGGUCCACUCCGACACCCCGGCCAAGUUUCUGCAGCUCGUCCAGCUCCUUCGCUCUGCCUCAGAAACGACCGUCUCCACCCUGUGGGAUAGCAACCACAGCGGCCAGAUCCGGCGCUGGAUUCUGUUUGCACUUCCUGCUGUUGGGACAGUCGAUGCCCUGCGAUUCAUCAAAACCAAGAUCCAGCGGUUUGAGGUCACGAUGCGUGACGCAGCCCAGACUUUAGCCCUCGCUCUGCACCAAGUCACGGCUGACCUUCACACCCUGUCAUUAGUCAAAGAAUUACUGGUUACAAUCCAAGUGCAACAGUCUCCUGUCCUUCGCCCACUCGUUUUUCUGGGCUAUGGUUCCAUGGUUUACCGGUACUGUGCAGACCAGCUGACAUGUCCCAACAACGUACUUGCGCUGCUCCACAGUUUGCUGGUGGACUCUGCAGCUCGGGGCAAUGAGGAGGACAUGGCCCUUGCUCUGAAGGCGAUCGGGAAUGCAGGGCAGCCAGAAAGCAUCAAGCCUAUCAUGAAACUCUUACCCAGCACCAGAACCUCGGCUGCCAAUGUCCCACUCAAAAUCCAAGUCGAUGCCAUCAUGGCACUGCGUAACAUUCUGAAGAAAGACCCAAUCAAGGUGCAAGUUGUUACCCUGCAGAUAUUCAUGAAUAAAAGGAAUCACCCCGAGUUGCGAAUGUCUGCCUGUGCGGUGUAUCUGUGCACCAGGCCACCUCUGAAUGCUGUGUUAGUCCUGGCCAAUUCUCUGUUGAAGGAGACCUGUUUGCAGGUGGCAAGUUUUGCCUACUCGCUGCUUAGAUCGCUGGCAAGAAGUUCCCUCCCAUCUAUCAGUUCCCUGGCUGCUGCCAGCAGGAUGGCUGUAAAUCUCUUGGGGGCCAGAUAUGACCAGCUUGGUUUCCAAUUCAGUCACGCUUUUCAUCCUGACGUGUUCAGCUAUAAACUGAUGACAGGAGUAUCUGCUAAAGUUCUCCUGGUGAACGACGCAGGGAGCCUCAUCCCAUCUGUAGCAGCAGCCAAAGUCUCAGGUCACAUGUUGGGAGGCUUUACGGAUCUAAUUGAGGUCGGCUUACGAAUGGAAGGUCUCCAGGAAGCGAUAAUGAAAAGUCGGGAGAAAGUCAGGGGAAUUCCUGACUUGAAGCAAAUCCAACGCAUCUUAAAUAAGUUUCCUGAUUUAAAAUCUGUGCCAGCGAAAAUGCCACUUGCAUCAGCAUACUUCAAGCUAUUUAACCAAGAGAUCACUUUUGUUGAAUUCAGACGGGAUUAUAUUCACAAAGCCAUCCAGACACUUACCGGUGUGGAUGUGAAACAGAACACCCUGCGGAGAGUCAUGGACCAGCUCAGAAAGCCAGUUGAAUUGCGGCCUUCUGCGGCCUUAGUGACAUCAGAGCUUCGCCGCUUCAUCCCGACGUGCCUGGGUCUGUCCACAGAACUAUCCCUGAUCUCGGCUGCCGUGGCCAAAGCAGCUCUUAGCGUUGAAGCCAACAUCCCAGCCACCACAUCCACCUUGUCUCAGUUACUUGGUACCAACAUUGAACUGAAGGCUCAGAUCAACCCAAGUGUGGCUGUGUACAGCAAAGCCAUGAUGGGAAUAAAUGCCCCCUUCAUCCAGUCUGGCCUAGAGCUCACUGCAAAAUUCCAGUCAGCUCUGCCCAUAGAUGUAUCAGUGAAGAUAAACGCAAAAGAAGGCAAUCUGCGGAUUAACAGUGUCCCGGUUCAGCAGGAGAAUCAGAUAAUGACCCUCAAAUCUGAGGUGUUCGCCGUUUCACGAAGCAUUGAGAAUUUGGUCACAGAGAAAGUGACACCCAUCUUACCUGAAAUUAAAGAAGCAAACAUUGUAAAUCAAAAAUUCAAGUCUUCACAGGAGAGUCAGAGUGAUACUGAUGUUUAUCCUGGGAUUGGAUCGGAUGGACUUGAGUGUUCCGACAAAGCCCAGCGACCUGCACCGAAGCCUUGGGUAUAUCACUCCUGUAUCAGCAUGUCUAAUUUUGGCUUUGAGGUGUGCCUGGAUGCAAAAGCUGCAAACAUCCUCUACAUCCGACACAGUCCGCUCUACAGGCUGAUGGGAACCCACGUCGCCAGAGUGUUAGUCAGACCAGUCCAUUCCGAGGCGGAGGUCAAGAAGUUAAUGCUGGAAGUUCAGACAGGGCCCAAAACAGGUGCAAAAAUUAUUCGACUUCUGGAGAAAGAGGAGCUUCCACUGGAGCGAACUUAUGGAGGCACUGUGUUAAUGAAGGGAUCUCACGCUCAGACAGGUUUGAGAGCUGAUGAAGCUGGGGAUGGGAUCUUACUCUCAAAGCCUUUUGGGGCAACAGUCAGCCACAAGAAGGGAGAGGCCAUGUGCUACCCCGAACCCGCCUCGCGUUACUUUACACAUGCGCCCUGCAGUGACAGCCCCUCUGACAAGCACGGCGCCACCACAUUGCGAGAAUCUGCACGGUUCACGUCGAGGUUGCAAAAUCAGACUGGGUUGGGAAGCUCUUCAUCCAGUGGCCGUUCCUUGCGAGGCAGGGACUCCUCUCAGAGCGACUCUUCGCCGAGCGGACAAUCCCUCCAUUGGCACCAUCCCACUAACGAGGAGGACAGCCGAUGGGGUUGGAUACCGGGGAAGAGGAGCGACAGCUCACGUCAACGUUCCCACUGGAGCAGAAGCAACUCUGAUCGGAGCCACAGGCCCCGGAGAACGAACAAAGAGAUCCUGGAAAUUGAGUUCAAUUCAGCUCAAAACAGCCAGGUUGGAAGCCAGACACAAUCCUCUGGAACAAGACCGACCUCAAAGUCCUGGCAGCAACGCAGUAGCAGCCAAUCUUCCGAGGAGCUGGAUCUGCUUGGGGAGUUGGGUCCACCGGUGCUCGUCCUCAUCGCCAAAGCCGUGAGGUCAGGUGGCAAACUGCAAGGCUAUCAGCUGACUGGCUCGGUGGAAAGCACAACGGGCAGGCCUAGAGUACACCUGCGUGGCGUGGAGCUGGACCAGGACAGCAGGUGGAGGAUGUGUGUGGAUGCUGGCAGUCCCAGACCACACAAGGCAAUGAUGAUGUAUAGAUGGGGUGAAAACUGUCAGAAGUACAAGCUGUCACACCACGUGUCGCUGGGAUAUCUUGCAAGCCACCCAGCCUUGAAAAUUCAGACUAAGUGGGCCUUGAUUCCUGAAGGGUACAUCACCGGCGGAAGAAUGAUUGCGUCAGGACUUGCUUACCUACUAGGAUUUUCCAACAAAUUUAAAGGGAAUCCCUCUCAUCAGAUUACACAGCUGAUUGCCCUAACCACACCAUGGACUAUCGAUACAAUCGUGAAGCUACCCAGGUUUACCAUCUAUUACCAAGGUUUUGAGCUGCCGUUUCCAUUGCAUGUUCCUGCAAUAGCCCCGAUUGUGAGAGCGCAAGGAUUUGAGAGCACUGCUAGAAUUCCACAUCUUCUUCUGACAAUGGAUCAAAGCAAGUGUGUUGCAACAAAUGACCGAGUUGUCACCUUUGACGGUAAUGAACUGAAUUAUCACAUACCCAAUGACUGUUUCUAUGUCCUGACCAAGGACUGUACGUCUACUCCAAACUUUGUUUUAUUACUGAGACGUGCCAGGAGUCAGCAGACAAAGAAGAGAAUCAAGCUGCUUGUGUCAGCACCCAAUACUGUAAUUGAAGCACAUCCCACACACAGUGGAAUAAAGCUCUUGGUGGACUCUGUUGAAAAACAGCCAUCUGUUUGUCUUCUAGAUGUUAUAACCAUUCAAAAGAACAGAUCAGGAAUUACUCUGCAAGUCCCAUCAAUCAGUAUUGAAAGGUUGUACUUCGAUGGAGACAAAGUCCAGAUCGUCCUUGACCAGAUGAUGGGGAAGACAUGUGGACUUUGUGGCCUUAAUAACGGUGAGAAAAAGUUGGCCAUGCCCAGCCGGGAAGAGGCCAGAGAUGAGGAGCAGCUUUUCGAGUCCUGGUUGUGUUCAGGAACCUCCUGCAAGGACGAUUGCCGAGUAAGACAAGAAUUUGUGGAACUAGGAAAGGUCGUUAAUUUUGAAGGACAGGCAUCCAGAUGCUAUUCAGUUGAAACAGUGCAACGGUGCCUGGCACGAUGCACACCAAUGGAAACACGGUCUCGCACCGUCAACUUCCACUGUGUACCAUCCAAUCGGUUUGUGGAUGCAUCGACCAUAUCCAGUUUCCGUUGGAGGUCGACACACAUCAGUCACCCUAUGGACUCACACACUGACUGCUCGUGUCAGUGUACCAAAGCGUGA